AUGGAGCUUGUUCGAUUUUUCGACACGAUGGCUCGGAGACUAAAUGGCCAAGGCGAGGACGGCAAGGUUUCACUGCAGACGAUCAAGAACGGGCAUGUGCAUAUGUUGGAAUGGUGCAAGUUCAAUUACGAUGGGUGGCACCUCAACUCUUCCGAGAGGGUCAGAAUCCAAAGCCUCUUCCAAGAGCUCCUUGCAGAGGGCAUCGUGAUCGGGGCUGGUCCAGAAACGAAAGCGUGGGUCACGUCCGACAUGACAUGCAAACUCAUCACGAGCUUGCUCAGCACCGCCGUGACAUUUGGCACCCCCGACUGGGACAGUACCAUCAUGUAUGCCUUGACUGUCCUUUUGCUUUCAGCAACAGGUGCCCGGGCUGGAGACAUCGCCCAGAGUCAAUUCCGUGACGUCGCUGCCACUCAUCAAGGUUUCGAGCGCAGGGCGGAAAUGACAACCUGGAGGGCCUUCUAA